AUGUCGAGAGAGGGCGAUGACGAGCGCAAAACGAGCCGGGCCCCGCAAGACGAAAGAAGCCGCAAGGUGCAAAAGCAAAAAGCAAAAAGCAAAAAGCAAAAGCAAAAGCAAAAGCAAAAAAGCAAAAGCAAAAGCAAAAAGCAAAAAGCAAAAGCAAAAGCAAAAGCAAAACAAAAAAAAAGCAAAAGCAAAAAGCAAAAGCAAAAAGCAAAAAGCAAAAGCAAAAAGCAAAAAGCAAAAAAAAAGCAAAAGCAAAAGCAAAAAGCAAAGCAAAAAAAAAAAAAGCAAAAGCAAAAAAAAAGCAAAAGC